CGUGUCUAUUUUGGUAAUACCUCAGAAACACCACCGCCUGGCGAUUCGACUCGGCCAGCAUGCACCAGGGCCUGCGGUUCGAGGCGCACUUCAAGAUGCGGUAGAGGAAGUCCCUCGACUUGACAGUCCCGAGAAUUAAUCGCAGUGCGUCCCAAUAUUUGAGCCAGAUCUCUGCCUAGAGCAUAAUCACGCGCAUAAUAGCAAUCAAACCCAGAGACUUCGACUCAACGCUCGCUCACAACGCCUACCAACUCGAGUAGGACUACAAAAACUUGGGUCUCUCUCUUUCAAUCCGCGCGCGGAUCCGAUAUCCACGGCACCCGGUGCUCGAUAUAACCACUUGAACGAGCCUGGGAGCCUGAGACGACGUGAAACCACUGCCUUCCAAGCCGCCAGGCGUUCAUCGUGAACGUGAACCCUCUAAACGACUCGUCGAACCUGGUCAAACCUCGACAAAUCAGAUCGGUGAGAACCGGCGGAGUAUCGGUGUCCUCAGGAGGGUGUCCUCAGGCGUGAAUCAAGCAUCUCUCUCGAAGGAUUUCAAGGGCACAAGUAGUGAACAAGAGGUGAGCAGAGGACCCGUCACGGUGGCCAGCUUAGUGAGCGGCAACGUAGCGGUGCGUUACGAUGAGGCGUCGGGGGUGGUUGGCACGGGGGGUGUCGUGUUGGCAGCCACUUCCAGGUUAGCCACUGCCGACCCAGCCGCGUCCAGCAUGGACACCAGCGACUCCAGCAUGGACACGACUAACGGAGGCACGAGCACCGUGGUGGCAGGCGUCGGGACGAUCGCCUCUGUGGUGGCUGGCGCUGCGUCCCUCACGCUGGUCAAGGCUGAGACGCCGGAACACCUCGCCGGAACGUCGACAACGUCGUCGUCGUCGGUCGCUGGCCCGGUGACAGGGGCCAGCGGCCUGUUCACCGGGAUCGCGGCCAGCAACAAAACCGCCAGACCCGACGAUUGGCUGGCCGCGAACAGUCCUGGUUCACCGUCUGCCACGCUGCAGGGCCAACACGUGGUAUACACGAAUCCCCAGCAACAGUUGGCCGAGUCGCAGCAACAGCAACCGCCUCUCGCUCAUUCCAGCCCCCUGGCGCAUCAGCAGCAACCGCCAAGCAGCAACAAUGGCUACGCCAGCCCUAUGAGCACCAGCAGCUACGAUCCUUACAGUCCCAACAGUAAGAUAGGUAAGCGGACACUUGUUCUUGCGUUUAACAGCCUGAUCGUUAAACCUCCUGCGUUGGAAUGA